AUGGAUUGGAGCGGCCUCUCCCGGAGUCGGGCCCGGAGCAUCGGCAGCGGGCGCAGAGUGGACUUUUCCAUCACGGAGCGGGCGAACCCUUGCCGGGGGUCGCCAGCGAGGAGCUCAGACCGACGGCGUGCGGCCUAUAACAAGCCGCGGUCUCCGGUCGGUACACGGACCAUCUCCGUCCCGUUGUGGAAUAACCAGGCGCCGGGGUUGUUGCGAGCGGAGGCAAGACGCAUGGACCAAUUCAGUGGCCACCACCACCACCACCAUCAUGGCAAUGGCUCGGUCGCCACCACCUCCAAUGCCUCGCCGGCUCCCUGUAGUGAUGGGGGCUGGCAGACGGGGGAGAUGUUCUACCAGGGGCCGGGUUCUGAUGCCCCGCCAUGGGCUGGCACGCCGGCAUGGCACGCUGGAGCAAUGGGCCAGGAAGAGCGGCCACGGUCCCAAUCCAUGGGCGGCUGGCCGGAGCCACCCCCACCCCCACCCCCACCCACACGCAGUGAUAGCCUCCUGGCCAUCCGGCAACGCGAUGGGUUUGCCUGCUGCUACAUCCACCACGACUCGGACCUGUCCCCGAGAUCAGCAGACGAGGGCAAGACCCCAGGGAGGUCUCUGCGGAAUGGUCACCAAUCCACAGAGAGGCCAAGCCUGCCUUUGGAUGGACUGCUCCUUCAUCUCGCCCCGUCCGGUGUCCACGCUCCCGAGAGACACCAUCCAGCGGCGGGAGAUGCGGGGAAUGUCACUCCUGAACGGGUUGAGAAGAUGCCUCAGAACCAGUGUACCAUCCUCACCCCCUCGUUGGCCGCCGCCCAUCACAACCACGGCGUGGUGUUUGACCGAGCCGACCCUCGGGCACGGGUCCAGUGCCUUCCCGGGGCAUGCGGGGACAAGGCAGCUGUCGGUCGGCGCCGUCACCAGCCACCGCUCGGCCAAACCACCGCCAUACGUUCUGCAUCCUGCACCCAUUCACAGCCACCCGCGGGGGAUUGCAGCCCUCUCCACGGGCCAUGUCCUGGGGUUACAGCAAGCAGGCAAGACCCAGAGCUGGGGCAUAAAGUUGGCGUGGGCGGAGGCAGACAAAGAUCUUUGAGUGAAACCAGCGCCAGACAUCUACAUCAGCCACAGGGGCUGGUGAAUGACACAGGCAGCAGCUGUGGACCCAACCUGUAUCCUUGUAAAACACCUCUAACCACCAAGACAGAAUCUGUUCUGCAAUGUAGUCAGAGGCAAAUGAAGCCUAGUGGAGGCGGUGUGGGCCGUCUAUCAGUCCCACGUCCAGCAGCAAGACAUGGCCACCAUGCUCUUCUAGAGACUCUCUUCAAGCCGACAAACGAGUCGAGCGCGAUUGGGGAAAUCACCGCUGAGCGAACUCCAAUGUUGCAUCGUCUUGCCUUCGAAGCCACACGAGUCGUGAAUGGGAAUGGUCGGCCGAUCAGACCCAAGGAGAAGUGGGACUUCCCUGGGAGUCCGCCCGGGGCGAGAGAAGGACAGAGAGGAGGGGACCAGGGUCCAAGCAGAUCCCCCGGGAACAAGGCGACGCAGCUUCGCAAAUGCAAGAGUACUUCUCAGCUCGUCCUCGAUGAACGCGCAGAGCUCGACCCACUGCCCCUGGGGUCUCCGGACACGUCGGGCAGGUCGUCCCACUCUUCCAAAGCUGCCUACAGGGACCAGGUGAAGCACGCCCAGUGCAAGGUUCUGGAGGAGACCUCGUUCAAACGUCGAGACCUCCAGCUCAGCUGGCCGAGCCGGGCCAAGCUAAAGCCCGCUUGGGACCAAAGGGUGAACCCAACAGACUCCCACCAGCAACCCACCCGAGUGAGGAGCAGGAAAAGGUCCACCUUCUUGCAGAAGAACAUCUGCUACUCGGAGCCUGAGAGACUGCACCAGCUGGGCAGAGGGAUCGGUACAAGGUGCAUGGAACAGGCUGAGACCUUCACGUUCCCAAAUACGCAGAAUGAGCCGGCUCUUGUGGACUCUGACUCACUGGGGCAACUUAAUAUCAGCAGCAGCCCUGCCAGGCCCAGAGUUGCCAAACUGGAGACUUCGCUCGAGGUGGAUGUCGACUGGAAGUAUCGCAACCGCAGAGCCGUUAAUGUGGCAGUGGGCAAGAGCAGGUAUGAAAGACCACGAGGAAUGUCGCUGGACUAUACCGCGUCAUCAUUCUUUGGCAAAUGGACCUCACGGAUGAGCAGAAGUACCGACCAGCUCCACGGCCCAGUCGGUGGUGGUCAGCCGACAGGACAGGACGAUGCUGUGCUGGUCCCACCACCACUGGAGAUGCCUUCACCUGAACGAAACUGGGGCAAACUGAGCAGGGGCGUGAAAUGGCAAGCCAGCCAGGGCGCUGCCGGGUUUCAGAGAGGUCGUGGCAUCUGCAAGUCACGUCCCACGUCAUCCAGUGGUGAGGAGCCUCUCGCCCCGACGUCUCCACCGCCAUCUCCACGUUCGCCCAUGGAGAGGGCAAGAGCUCGGGCUCGGUCCCUCUCCUCCCUGCCUGCCCGGGGUCAUGAGGUGCCCCUUGAGAGAUCCUUGGCCGUCUCAGGGAACUGCGGCAUGGACCACGGCCCUGCCUCUGACAACAUUCCCGUUCAACCCAAGCCCUCACCGCUGCGCCCAGAAAAUGUCUUCCAUUCUUCGCCAUCCCUGGAAAAAACAGCAAACUAUGAAACUGGAGCGACUGGAUGGCCAAUGAGCGGAGAGAAUUUGCUGUCAACGGUGGACUUUGUUCCGAUGAAGCCCGCGGGAUAUGACACCGAAGAUGACAUAAAGGUUAGACUUGCGGACUUGGCGUACUCACCUGUUUGUCCAGACAGCAUCGUUGAGAUGACCCUACCAGUCUCAAUGGCCAAGUCUGAGAUCAAAGGUGGGAACAGCCACCCAUCGCCCAUUAAAGACCCACUAAAUAGACACGAGACGUCUCGGAAACGUCCAACGGAUUGGACCAACUCCUGUGUCCAUCCGAGGAUGAGAACCAAGUCUCCCGAAGAGCUGAGGACGGAGAAACUCAUCAAGGAAAUAAUUGACCAGGAUCGCUCGUUGGCCGAGAUCCUGGAUCCCAACCCCACCACCAAAACCAUAAUGGACCUUGUGGAGGACAUGUUUCAGGAGGAUACGCUGGUCCUCGAGGCUUGUCAGAGGAGAGGCCAAUUGUACAGCCAGACAACGGAGGCAGAGACCAAGAGAUCAAACACGAAAGAGAUUCAGUUGCCGUCCUUGUUGGGGUCAGACACUGGGUGUAAAGCAGCAGCAGCCACGAUGACUCUGAUGCAAGACAUCAACAGAGAGAGGGGAGACUGGCCAACUGAUGUCACGGACAAAAAGAGGGAGUUGAUCGUCGCCAUCAGGUGGAAGCUGCGGAGUCUUCACGAGGCUCAAGCUGGCCUGCAGGAGGACAUCAAAGUGAACGACUCUCUGGGAGACGACAUCGAGGCCUGCGUCGGCCAAAUCUGCAACCCAAACGAUCUGCAGAAGUACAAGAGCUUCGUCGCCGACUUGGACAAGGUGAUGGGCUUGCUGCUGUGUCUCUCCAGCCGCCUGGUGCGUGUGGAGAGUGCCCUGAGCAAGGUCAACGAGUCUACCGGUGUGGAGGAGAAGCAAUCGCUGAACGAGAGGCACCAGACGCUCUCCCAUCGACACGAAGGAGCCAGAGGGCUGAAGGUGCAUCAAGAUCACCGGGAGAGAAUGACCUUCAGAAUCCUCAGCAACUACCUCAACCAGAUACAACUCCAACACUGCCACCACUUUGUACAGAUGAGAAAAGCUUUAAUUAUCAAGCAAAAAGAAAUCGAAGAAAAUCUCCGCCUGACCGAAGAACAACUGGGAUUUCUCGAGAACAGUCUUUGAUCAUUUCUUUCCAGCCAACUUUCCGGCAAAAAUCCAAGAUGCAUUUCUCCCAUCUGGUGAUUUUAAAUGUUCAUUCCAAGAUCAGCAGAUGUUAACUCUUCAUGGGCCUGGGCCACUUAGGCCAUUAUUUAGGUGACAUGGUCGCCAGGGUGUCGCCUGUACGGGCGUGAGUCGUCUCCUCAGUCGCCCAAAUAGUCGUAACGUCUUUCUGGUCAUCGCUGGAAUUUCAACAUGGUGAAAAAUCUUCGGAGACAGUCGGCGAUCGUAGAUUUGACGCCAAUGAGCGUAGCUUGACGUAGGUGCUGCCGUGGGAUGUCGCCAGGUGACCUAGCUUGUCGCCGGGGCUGACUGCGGUGAAUUCCAUU